GGGGCGAACGUGGUAAUGCCUUUCCGCUAUUUGCAUUUCCUGGUAUGCGCACUGUGUAUUUCGUCACCAAAUAAUACUUGAUCAUAUACCAAAAAAGUGCGCCUGGGAAAAACUGGCGGCUUGCAUUACUAAUUUGCAUUUUAAUGCACUUCGAAAUGAAACCUGAUAUAUUACUACCUUUUUCAUUUUACCGUAAGAACCAGCUUUGUGUAUUUCAAGUUGUUGUCGUAAAUUACAAAUUUCCUGCUGUCGUUGGGGUUUCAUCCUCAGACAAUGUUGAGAUCUCUGAUGAGGUGUUAUCCAAGUUUGGUCCAGAUUUACCUCGAAGAUUGACCAUUCAACUACCAACCCGAGUGAUUCCGGCUAAGUCGUUAAGACUAGAGAUUAUGUAACCUGAAUUAUUCUAAUUUUACGGUGAAACAGGACUCCGGUGGACCCGGUUCUCUUACCUUUUUUGGAAAAUAGUCUCCAUUACAGAUUGCGUAAGUCUCGUGACAUUGAUUGUUAAAUUCUUCAGAGAUGUCACACACCAUGGUUGGAACAAAGCAGACUAUUCGAGCACUUGGUGAUCACUUCAGUUUACUAAUCGUCGAGGCCAUUUCAGCAUCUGGAGAAUCGUUCCCCAUUCAAAACAUCAGGGGAACCAUUUUAAAAGAGGAUUAUGACUUUCCUUCACAUUUCAACAACCUCACUUUUCCCUCGAAUUCAUUCAAUAACAGUGAUAAUCUUUGGUCAUGUGAGCUUAUUCAGUCACCUUCUGAUCAACCUGUUUUCAAAAUUUGUUCUUCUACCAAAUUGAUCUUGGUCCAAGCUGAAGCUUCACCUAAUUUGUCAGCUGGGUUUGGAAGAUCUAAGAUUUCCAAGUUGACACCAAAAGUCAAUUACAUCACCAGUCACUUGUUUGGUUUGGAUACAGUUAGAGAUGUAAUUCUCGGCUAUCUCAGCAACUUCCUACUAACGUGUGUUCAUGGAAAUGACACUGUUUUUUCUUCCAAUAUAACUCCUGGGAUUAUCCUUUAUGGACUUCCUGGCUGUGGAAAGCGUACAUUUCUUGAGAAUAUUGCCAAUGACCAAAUCCACUUAGUUUCGACAAUUGGGUCCUUGUAUGAAAAGCCGGUAUUCAUUACAUUUACAUCUGAAUUGGUCACCGAAUUAACUAAUAAAUCUUCUCAUCAUAAUGCCUAUCGCUGGCUGACGAAUUUGGUUGGACAAUUAGAUGUCAGCAACAGAAACUGCAUUCCUGUAAUUAUUUUAUGGCCUAACAUCGACAAGUGGAUCGAUAACGAUGAAAAUAUAGAUACUAAUACUCAUUCUACAGCUGAUACGGAUGUUGAAUCAAAAAUGUUUCCUAAAAUUUUAGAAAGGUUUAUCGAAUCAAUCCAAUUGGUUAGUCAGAGUUUGGUUCACAAUCAAAAGCCAACAUAUCGAUUUUGCAUUCUAGCAACAGCUACUACGAUUGACAAAGUUUUUAGCAUCCAUGAAUGCAGGGAACUAUUUUAUAGACGUUUGUUAAUAUCACUUCCGGAUGCAAGCAAACGUUAUCAGAUCUUGUAUCACAAUAUCCAAACGUGUUUGAGUCAUGGGACUAAUUUCAUGUCUAGUAGUGAAUCUUCUCACGGUUCCAUUGUGAAUAUUCAAUCAUACGAUAUAACAGAUGAAAAUGAAAGUCUUAUUCAGGUUGCGGCUCGAUUACAUGGUUAUACGCCCAAGGAUUUGGUUCGCUUGGUUCAUGUCAGCUACGCAUCCUUUCUAUCCAAACAGAACGACAAUUCAAAGGAUUUUCCCAGAAACUUUAAUCAAUCAUUGGACUCGUUCUGUGAAAUUUUGAUAAAUGAAUCUCAUUCAUAUUUGCCGAUAAAUCUUUCUCAACAUAUAACUUCAGUGGAACCGUUAAGGUGGACUGAUAUUGGUGGAUAUCGUGAGCUGAAACUCACAUUCAAAACUAUGAUACAAGAUCGUUUGGUUAGUGCCGCCAAACCCAAUAGCUUAGAUGCACAAGCGGACGCUGCUUUACGUCUUCGUGUACCUCGUGGGAUAUUACUUCAUGGUCCUCCAGGUUGUUCCAAAACUAUGUUUGUGCGAGCUUUGGCUACUGAAUGUCAACUCCCGCUAAUCGCAGUUCAGGCAUCUAGGAUAUUUGGUCGUUAUGUUGGUGACAGUGAACGUAAUAUGCGAAGAAUCCUUGUACAUGCUCGUGCUUCCGCUCCUGCUAUUUUGUUUAUUGAUGAAAUUGAUCUGUUGCUUCCUUCCCGAAAUACAGGAGAAACAAGUGCAAGUGAACAUGUCUUAGGUGAAGUCUUAAUGGCUAUGGAUGGAGUUGAAGGUCAAAAUGGACAAGUAAUUCUCGUAGCAGCGACUAACAGAAUGGAUAAUUUAGAUUCAGUAAGUAAUUAUUGUUUGAUCUAACUUUUUAAAAACAGCUUUCAUAACUGGCGGAUAUCAUCCGAAUAACCAUUGAAAACGAGCGAAUAGUAAUCGGUCGUUGUGUCUUAGGUUGAGAUCCUUCAGCUACAUGCGCUUACCCCACAUAGGACUGAACUCACUUGAGAACCUUCAGGUUUCAUGUCCCACCAAACAGUUAUUAAUUUGGUAGAAAUCCAUUAUUCAUCAUUCCUAAUUAAAGUCGACUAGCAGUAUUUCCCCUACUUUUAAUUGAACUAUAGUCAGGACGUAAUUGCUAAUCAAAAUUACUUUUGGGACUUUGGACAAUGUUGGGAAUGGUAGAUCUACAGAAAUCACUUGGUAAAUGUUCCGAUUUCGUAAUAUUAUUUUGGGAAUUUGAAUUCCUCAUUUUCAUGCCAAAAACGCCCACUUUUACCUUCAGUUGUAUUUCCUACUCAGAAAGACCUUAACUUGUCACAUUUAAACAGCAUAGGAUUACAGAUAAAGAGUAAAUAAUUGUAAUCACUUGGUAUCUGCUAUGAAUUUCAGCCUUGCGAAAUCAAGUGUCGUGUAAAUAUAAUCCUGAUACAUAACUGUAUAGAAAUGUCGAAUUCAUCAAUGAAAUCGUCUCCUGAGAUGGUUAGAAUGUAUUUUGCACAUCCCCAGUCACCGCUCCUCAAUGCACAUUUCUGUCUAAAAAAGGAGUUAGGAAUGGUCAAACAAAAACAUUACAUGUCCAUUACAAUUCGUGAAGCAAUCGGCCAAUAUUGAACUGUCGUGCUGAAAAAUUCAGAAUUCUUUGUUGGGGUCUGGAAUAAUUGUAAUAUCUGUUGUUGGAGUUCGGUUAAAACUUAACUCAUUCAUCAUGUACUUGAGUAUAAAGCGACACCCUAAGUAUGAGAGCUAAUGAUACUAUCAGGUCACCUAAACCGAAGUAGGUUAUGGAGGGUUCGGACCAGGUUCUUGGUGGCUGAAACUUAAACGCCGUAACCUAUAGGUCCACCUCUCUACAUUACUCAAACCAGUUGCUAUGGUGCAUGAAUAUUCAUCUUUUUUCUAUAGUUCGAGUUCCAUGUCAUUAUAUACUGUCCACUCCAAUUGAUAUCAUUACAUCGAUUCCCAUCCAUUAUCUUUUGAUCACUUCCUUUUUCGCUGGACAUACGUAAGUCGUGGCCAACUGAAUCGAAUUAUGCUUAAAUCAGGUUCAGUGGUUUAUUUUCUACAUUCGUACGUAUUUCCACAUUUGUUCGCAAAAAGGAUUAAAAUUCUUCUUUGUUAAUUGUUUUCAUCUCACUAUAAAUAACUUUUUAUGCUUUCCUCUCAGGCAUUAAGUCGCGCUGGUCGUUUUGAUUUAGUCAUUGAAGUAUCACCACCCGAUGCAGACGCACGAACAGAUAUUCUACGUUUAGAAUUAUCAAAACGUGCACUAAAAGAUAAAUCAUUAUUAAAUUGUAAAUGGCUAAAUUUAUUCGCUACAAAUCAAUUGAAUAAUUACACAGGAGCAGAAGUUGUCCAAGUAGUUCAACAAGCUGCUCAAAUUGCUCGUCAAGAUAAUUCUAAUCAAAUAUCUAAAAAACAUCUUCUACAAGCUCAGACUCUUUUGCCUCCUCGUUCACUUUUAAAUUAUUUCUCUCAAAGAAAAAUAAUAAACAACCAGGUGACUAUGUCAACCAAUAAUAAUUUGUUAUCAAUUCGUCAGAAAACUUUAAUUUUUCCAGUUUUAAUUCUAUGUAUUGCUAUUAUUUCCCAACUGGUUUAUAUUAACAACAUAUUUAAAAUUAUAUGAAAAGAUACUCCUUAUUUUUGAAGAUAUUGAUAGUGUUGAUAAACUCAGUUAUUGCUUCCCUGUGAUUAUACGGGUGUGUUAUAUUCUCCUUUUUUUUAAAUAUUUUAAAAUAUAUGUGUACAUUUUUAUUAAAGAAUGAUAACGCUAUGAUAUCUCUGCCAUAUAUUUUUAUUAUGUACUACGAAUACAGGAAAAGUGAUG